AUGGCCAGCGGAUGGGGUAUCAUGACAUGGUCCACCCCCACAGAGCAGCAGUUCUACGAUGCAUUAUCACCCGAAUUGAAGCGCAAGAUGGACGACGUCAGGGCGCAAAGGGCGGGGAAGAAUGAGAUCCGGGACAAGCUCGAGAGCGCCAGUGCAUCAGACCAGGUGGUGUGGGCAGACCAAUUCGCCUCGGCAAAGACAAAUACCGGGAAUCGGAAAGUAUAA